AUGUCUGCGUUUACUAAGAGCAUGACAGAGGUUAAAUAGCUAUGUUUUAACACAGUCAUUGAAGAGUAGAAUUGUACUGAAUUACGUUGCGGAUUACGUUGUGAGUAGAUGUUUUCGGGUUUGGUAUUAUUUUUGAGAUUACCCAGGGAUUUUUUUUUAAGAUAGUAAAACGUGAGAGAUUUAGAGCGCAAACUAGAUUACCCAGUGCAGCUACUACACAUGAUCAGGCUGCGAAGAACCUGCUGGUCUGCUACAUUAGUUCCCAUAUAUUUUAGUUACACAGUAACUUCCCAGUGUAAACUUCAACUCCAGCCCAAUGAGUCUGCGGUGUGUUAUAAUUACUGCUCGGUGUUUUGUUGGGGCUGCGCGGUCACUACAAGCCCCGAGUAACCUGUUCUGUUCAUCGAGAAACAUAUCACGACAAGCUGAUCACCUUGAAAGGACAGCUAGUGUUUACAGACAAAAGGCCAUGUUCUCGGCACGAGUUUGUGCCAUUAAAGAUGAGUCAGACACAGUGAAGAGGCUGCAGCUGGAGGUGCCGCAUCCUGAAUUUAGUUUCCGUGCUGGCCAGUGGGUGGACUUUUUCAUCCCAGGUAUGGAGAAAGUGGGUGGCUUUUCCGUGUGCUCCAGCCCAGGCCUUCUGCACCGAGAACGAGUUAUAGAGCUGGCAGUGAAAUACACACAGCACCCACCUGCACAUUGGAUACACACUAAGUGCACAUUAGGCUCGCAUGUGGGUGCGAGUUGGGGGGAUUUUUAUUUCGACCCCAAACCGUCUGAUCAUACAGUGGACCUGCUAUUGGUGGCUGGUGGCGUUGGUAUCAACCCCCUUUACUCCAUACUAAUGCACACUGCAGAUCUACUCCGACUGCCACACACAUACAGACCAGGACACACACACCUCUGUUACAGUGCCAAGAACACAACGGAGCUGCUUUUCACAGAUAGCAUCAUUGGUGUUUGUCGGGAAUUUCCAGAUAAAUUCUCAUGUGAGUUCCGAGUGACGCGGCAAGAUUUUGAAAUCAAGCCAGGCCUCCAGUCCUACACAACCAGUGGAAAAAUAUCACAGGAGGUGCUGAGGCAUCACGUUAACCCUGGGCGCACAUUGUGUUAUUUGUGUGGGCCGCCACCCAUGAUUGAGAGUGUGAGUAGGGACCUGCAAAAUCUUGGACUACCUAUGGAGAGAAUCCUAUAUGAGAAGUGGUGGUAGGUCUCCAGUCCAUCAAGUGCCUGUGGGGCUUGAAAGAGGACCAUCAGAACAGAUACUUUAUUUUUUAAAUUCAUAACUACACAACUGGACAACUUUACCUGUGCAAUACAAUGUUUCCUCCUCUACAAACAACAGCUUACUUAAUACUAUCACAGGUUAUUAUUCAUUCAUGGUCAUAUCAGGUUAUAUAUAAAAAAAUAAAAAUAAAUUUUU